AUGCAUGAAAUGUGCGAAAUUGUGUCGAAAUUCGAGAGUGAAUUCGGCGCCUUCGAAAAACGCUACGACGACUACACUGAUCUGUCCGAGAAAAUCAGAGCUCAGCAGAAUGCCUGUAAACACGAUAUAAAGCACUUUAAGUUGUACAUCAAGAUGUUGCGUUCAAAGCUAUCAAAAAUCGAACCUUCAGCAAGCCAAGAGGAGCAAAUACAGAUUGCUGCAAUGAAGAACAGCUUUGAGGACAAGUGGCUAACACUGCGUGAAAUGGAAGAUUGUCUACCUAAACAAAAUGGUCUAUAUUUGAGAAUUAUUCUCGGCCCUGUCGACGUCUCCUUCAGUAAUAAACAGGACAAAUUUGAAUACAAAAAUAACUACGAGAACUUCAAAAUGACCGUUUCUGCUAUUAUUAGCCUCUUUGCACUCUUCCUUUACUUCUUCAACUCAGUUAGCCUCUUUGAUUCCAUCUUUCACUUUUUGAUUGUUUGGUAUUACUGCACACUGACUAUCCGUGAACGAAUUCUCAUGCAAAAUGGAUCUCGAAUUAAGGGCUGGUGGGCAACUUAUCACUUCAUUCUCACGGCUGAAGCAGCUGUCAUGUUAAUCUGGCCAAGUUCACAUUCGUACUCAGAAUUCCGUGACCAGUUCAUGUUUUAUAGCUUCUAUAUUCUAAUUGUUCAAUGUAUGCAAUACUACUAUCAAAUGGGUUGUCUCUACAAGCUGAGGGCCCUUGGGCAGCGGCCUUCUAUGGAUAUUACAGUUGAUGGUUAUAUGACGUGGAUGUCUAGCCGACUUUCCUUUGUGCUCAUAUUCCUUUUGAGUGCCUAUGCUUUCCAAAUCUACAAUGCCUACAGUCUCUACUGCAUUUCUAAAGCGCCUUAUUGUCAAGAGUGGCAGCCAGGCGUUGUUUCGUUAAUUUACGCCUUUACUGCAGCAGGCAAUCUUAUUACAACCCUUAUGGUUGUGAAGUCCAAAAUAGCUCUUAUGAAUCCGCGUAAACGCGGCCAAUUGGUUAAGAAGUACCGCACCUUUUUCCGCUCCGAUGUGUGUGCAGUGGCUCCCAAGCAGCAUCCAGAGGUCUCAGAAGAAUCUGUGAAGGAGAAGUAG